AUGGAUACGUAUGUGAAAAAUCUGCUGAACGGUUGGAAUAUGCCCGAGCUGAUAAAAGUGUUUCAAGAGGAGGAAGUCGAUGAAGCUGCCUUCAAGUGCCUCAAGUACGAUAUGAUCAAGGAGAUAAUACCACGCAUCGGCAAGCGCGCCAAGUUCUUGCAGCGGUACGAGGAGUACAAGGAAAACCUAACGGAACGACCAGCUUUUGCCGAACUGCAGCUAGAUGAGAAGGAACGUUUCUCUCCAACCUCACCACAAAAACCAUCCCGCAUAGACUGGAGCCGGAUAGAAAAAGUAUGCGGCCCGGUGCCGAUCUAUCUCAAGAAUUUGCUCAAGAUGAGCGGCUAUGAAGCAGAAAGCAGUCUGCGUAACCUGAAUGACGACGAUUUCAUCGAUAUGGAGCGGUUCGCCCGGGAAGAACUGAUUCACUUGGUGCCGGCGACACAGUUUUAUUUUCACAUAUUUUGCAGUGACCCUGCACGCGAGUUUCGGCUUGUACCAGGCCACCGUAAGCUUCUCCUGCAGAUCAGCGCGUACUUAAACUACACGAAGGUAGCUAGUGAAAUUCAGCGACCAGAACCUGCCCUACGCCUACCGGCAGAAUUGACGAUCCAGCGGGAGCGUGAACGAGAGCAUCGACUUAUGCUGCAGCAGCAACAGCAGCAGCAACAACAGCAACAGCAGCAUCAACAAAAAGAGCAGCAGCAGCAACAGCAGAAGGAGCACCUGCUUCAAAAAGAGCAACAACAGCAGCAGCAACUAUUACAGCAACAGCAACAGCUGUUGCAGGAGGUAGUCCGGAUGCACCAGCAACCAUUGUCGGAGAUGCAAGAGCACAUGCUAACGGAGCUGAAAAUUUCGCACAAAAACUCUCCGUUGGCGUUCGAACAGGCGACCGUGUUUCCACCGCUGAGUGACGAAGAGCGCAUCAAGAAGAUUCAAGGCUGCAUCGUGAAGCUGAUCGACAUGUGGAGCGAAAAGCAACCGAUCAAGCUGCAGAUUUCGGAAGAGAUGAUCAACGUGACGUACGAAACCAACGGUUACAACGCCUUCAUCAAGUGCCCUAUGUGCGCGGUGCAAAUAAAGGUGUCGAAGUUGCCGACGAAGAAGGGCGAUCGGUUUGUGAUCUCCAACUUCUCGAAGCACAUCAUUAAGAUGCAUUUUUCGCAGCUGAGUGAAAACGGCAGUGUGGGAGGUGGCGUCGGAGGUGGUGGUUUGUCGGGAUCCGUCGGCUCGGAGCGGCACCUGAGCAUGGAUAAUGUGUCCGCUUAUUAUGGAGGGGAAAAUUCGGACAGCAACACGUACCCUUACGAUGAUUUUGGCUCUGGAAAGCGCCAGAAGCUGGAUGAUGACGAGGAUGAGAUGGAUCCGAUGCCACCGCAUUUGCUGCAUCCGUACGUUAGCAUAAAGGAUGAAAUUAUCGACUUAGAUGCGUAGCGGAUGGGAUUUAUGUGGCGCAGCAUAGAUUAUGUGCUAGGACACGAAUAGAUCUUUGGUAGGGCGAGAGUGGGAGCACAAGCAAUUCGAAUAGCUAGAUGAAGACAAUGAGCCAAUUUUUCCAUUCCUCAAACAAACCAAAAAGCCUCUCUUAGCUUGUUAUUUCCCAUAAGUAGGCCUAAAUUGUUUGUUACAUUAGGGUAAGCAGACGUAUUUUAAACGUACUUGGACACAAAUGUACUGUCUCAAAGUCCACGAAGAAAGAUCAGUUUUUAUGUACUAACAUGUUUACUAGAAUUUUUUCUAAAAAAGUCGUGAUACGCACGCGUAAAAACGUAAUUUUGAAAAUAUAUCGGCUGAACUUUAAAUUGAGCUGUUUUAAGGGACCGCGACGUAGGUAGGAUUAA